GAUGUAAUUGGAAAAGCACUGCAGUAUAUUGGAACAUAUGGUGAGCUCUGCAACACAGAGCAAGUUGUGGCUCUGAUUGACGAGGAAAUGUGUAUCAACUGUGGCAAAUGUUACAUGACCUGUAAUGAUUCUGGCUACCAGGCUAUCCAGUUUGAUCCUGAAACCCACCUGCCCACGGUUACUGACAGCUGUACAGGCUGCACCCUGUGUCUCAGCGUCUGCCCUGUUAUCGACUGCAUCCGCAUGGUUUCCAGGACAACACCCUACGAACCAAAGCGCGGGCUGCCCUUAGCUCUGAACCCUGUGUGUUGA